AUGGUAUAUAAAGUACCGCCAAGGAUGUUCAAGCUAUUACUUGCUGCACAAACCGUCUGUAUCGUGCUAUUUAUACGUUUUUGCUUGAAACAGCUCCGUCGGAUUGUGGCAAAUGCAGGGCUCAACGUUGUUCCGGGACCCCCGUCGAAAUCGUUCUUCAAAGGUACUUUCAGGGAAGCCUUCAAUCCCAAUGCAUGGGAGUUUUAUUCAGAAAUGGAACAAUAUGGGACUGUAGUCAAGGUUAAGGCAUUGCUUGGCGAAAAUCAGCUUUUCAUAUUCGACCCCAAGGCCCUUACUCAAAUUCUCACCAAGGAUCAACACAUUUUUGAAGAAGGCACAGGAGUCAUCGAAGGGAGAAAGUUAAUGUUCGGAAAUGGGCUCCUGAGUACGAACGGCGAACACCACCGGAAGCAAAGAAAAAUGUUGAACCCUGUGUUUUCGAUAGCUCACAUGCGAGAUAUGGUUCCAAUCUUUUCUCUUGUGGUUAAUAGGCUUUGCAAUACUUUGAAAAGUAAAGUACAGAGUGGUCCGCAAGAGGUUGAUAUCAUGCAUUGGUUGACUCGAACAGCAAUGGAGCUACUGGGUCAGAGUGGCUUAGCUUAUUCUUUCGACCCUUUAACGGCAGACGGUAUACCGCAUCCAUUCACACAAGCCAUAAAGGAUCUUGGCCCUGCUUUGAUAAAGUUUCGGUUUUCUCGCACGUAUCUCCUGCCAACCAUUGUCCGGAUUGGAACUCCCAGAUUUCGCCGAUUCAUACUUGACAUCCUCCCACUGAAGGAUUUACACCGUUUUCGGGACAUUGUGGACUUGACCUACAGCACAUCCCUCGAAGUAUAUGAAUCCAAGAAGAAAGCCCUUUAUGCAGGGGACGAACUUGUUACAAAACAGAUAGGCCAAGGGAAGGACAUUCUUAGCAUACUCAUGAGAGCUAAUCUUAAUGCAUCAAACGAGGAUAAGCUACCAGAAGACGAGAUUAUAGGGCAGAUAGCAACUUUGAUUUUUGCUGGUACCGAUACCACUUCAGCAGGGUUGGCUAGAAUCUUGCAUCUGCUUUCUAUAAAUCAGGACGUACAAGAAAGACUUCGUCUUGAAUUAGCCGAGGCAAAAAUGGCCCAUGGGAAUGAUUUGUCUUACGACGUGCUCGUCGCGUUGCCUUACCUAGACGCCAUAUGCCGCGAGACGCUCAGGCUUUUCCCCCCUGUAACGCGCCUCCAAAGAACCACUCGGAAAGACGUUGUGCUCUCGCUGUCCAAGCCAAUUAAGGCAACGACUGGAGAAGAGUUAACAGAGCUCCUAGUCCCGGAAAACACUGAUAUAAUAAUCGGGAUUAUGGCUUGUAACCGCAACCCAGACCUGUGGGGCCCGGACGCAAAUGAAUGGAAACCAGAGCGUUGGCUGAAUCCGCUCCCAGAAACAGUCACUCAAGCUCAUCUACCCGGAAUAUACUCAAACCUAAUGACAUUUAUUGGUGGAGGGAGGUCAUGCAUUGGAUUCAAGUUCUCGCAGCUGGAAAUGAAAUCUGUGCUAUCAUCUUUAAUAACUUCAUUCAAAUUCACCCCUUCGGAAAAGGAGAUCAUCUGGAAAAUGACAGGAAUAGCCGCACCCACCAUCCAUGGAUCUAGUGACAAGGCAAAAUUGCCUCUCGUCAUGGAAAUGGUACAAACGCAGUAG